AAUCGCCAUAACAAAAAAACACAAAGUAUUCACCGACGAGAAGAAUAUGACUACGGAGGAGGAGUCCCUUUCUGCGGCGGAGGAGGGUUACAAUGUACAGAGAGACUAUUGGCGUCAAGCGGAGGAAUCCGAUGGUUUCGAUAUAGAGAACAUUAAACUACCACCAGGUAUGCAUGGACGGGUCAUGGGACUGAUUACCUAUAACUGUCAACUUUGUUACCGUUAUCCGUUUCCUGUCUUGGUCAAACUUUAUGCUAAGUUUGGGCUUCAUCGUUACAAUUUGAUCAAGGGAACAAGCUUCGAGCUCGCUGCCUUAAUGAAGUUCAACAUGUUACAAAACUAUAUGUCCUCUUUCUACAUGACUCUGCUUGCACAUGAUCCCGAUCCAGCUGCUAGCUCAUCGCAGAAAACCUUUCAGGUUCGAGUUGAUGAACAACAAUUUGGCACUUUGGGUAUAAACUGCUCCAUUGCUAGACCUAAACACGAAGGUGACUUACUUGAAGUGUCCACCAAGACGCCCUUCAUACCUCACUUUCAUGGUGGCGCAUUGGGCGAUGGUAUAUUCAAAGGUGAAUUGCCUGAUUGUCUCUCAGAUGAUGCUUUGAAUGCACUGAUGGAGGCUGUCUCCAAAGAUGAAUUGCCUGAGCAUGUCUUAGAUGAUGCUUUGUAUGCACGGGCCGGUGGUAUCUUCCAAGGUGAAUUGCCUGAUUGGCCCUCAGAUGAUGCUUUGAAUGAUGGAAAACGAUUUUACAUGCUGAAGGAAUCAGAGUGGCAGGCCACUGAUUGGAUUUCUAUGUAUUUGGAACUUGUAAUUACUACAACUGAUAGGUCGAUCACUGAGACAGUUCAGAAGCCAGAAGUUCUGUCCAAGUUGGAGAUUGUGAAAGUGGCGAUAGAAACUGCUACCAAAGAUGAGGAGCCGUCUAAUGAGAGACUCAAAGCCUACAGGGCACAUUUCUACAUAACGUUUAAGGGCUUGGCAGAGCCUCGAGCCCCUCGGCAGGUUUUUGAGAUUGGGGAGCAUGUUGAACGCCAAGCUAUAGUUAGAAGAGUCAUGGGCCAUAGAGGAGACUUGACUCUCAAGGGUAAGCUUUGUGGUGGUCAAUAUAUCAAAAGGCGUUCUCUGGCUCUCAAGAGUGGAGAAGAGUCCCCGAAUUGUAAAAAGCAAACUCGCGUCGGCUAGGCGUUUGUAUACAUGGCCGUCUGCGUAAUGUUAAGAUCCAUUUGAAAAUGUGGAUCAGAUAAUAAACUAAGCUAUUAAUUUUGUGCGUUUGGAUUCUUUGAUUCUUUGAUAAUAAACUAAAGACUUUUAAAUAUUAUUAUUCUCCAAA